AUGCGUUCAACAGCCCCUCUUUCCGCCCUGAUCGUGCUAGCACUUACGCACUCAAACUCUCCUGCUGCAGCUAGACAAGAGCAGUUCCAUACAAGAAUCCCCACGCUCCUUGACGCGGAUGCUGUGAACUUCACGAAGCUGUUCUCCUCUGAACUGGUGUUCAGGGAGACAUGGUCAAAGGAGUCGUGGAAUGGGCUAACGACGUUCGCACGCUCAACUCCUCUGCGUUGCUUUGGAAGCGAUGCGGACGUGCCGUACGAUGUCGCUGUUCUUGGGGCGCCGUUCGAUACGGCCACGAGCUACCGGCCAGGGGCGCGUUUCGGACCCAACGGCAUCCGCCAGGGAGCCCGCCGCCUGGGUGUGGACAGGAUCAAUGUCCACAUGAAGACACGCGUGAGCGAGUUCCUGAAUGUCGUCGAUUGCGGUGACGUCCCCAUGGUAUAUACGGAUAAUAAGGUCGCCCUGCGACAGCUUGAACUUGCCAACAAGGCUCUGUUGGCCAAAACUCACGCAAAGGUCGCCGAAGGGACAAGCCUUGCAAAGGAUGAAAAAUUCCACCCUAGAGUGUUAACAUUGGGUGGUGAUCACACAAUUACUUUGCCUCUGCUUCGUGGGGUUGUGGAUGUGUAUGGUCCCGUUAGUGUAAUUCAUUUCGACAGUCAUCUAGACACAUGGAAGCCAAGAGCAUGGAUAUCUUCCGCGUGCCAUCUGAUUCAACACCGCUCGCAGGAAAUCCCCGUGACUCAUGGCAGCUACUUCUGGUACGCGCACAACGAGGGCCUUCUUGCACCAAACAAUUCCAACAUCCACGUUGGCAUCCGUGGUGCGAUCAACAGCUGGGACGACUACGAUAAUGACUACGAGGUCGGAUUCGUGAUUUCACAUGCGGAUGAGCUCGAGGAGGUUGGCUGGAAGGGCGUAGUGAAGAGGAUCCGCGAAACAGUUGGUGAUAACCCAGUGUACAUCACCUUGGACAUUGAUGUGAUUGAUCCUGGAAUGGCGCCUGCCCCGGAGAUUGGUGGCAUCACGACUAGGGAAAUCAAGAAGAUCAUGCAAGGCCUAUCAGGCCUGAAGAUUGUGGGUGCCGACAUCGUCGAGGUCGCACCGGGAUACGACACGCAGGACGAGAUCACACAGAUCGCUGCUGCGAACAUAGGCUGGGACAUUCUAGCUCUGAUGGCUAAAACACCUCUUGUGGCGUAG